AUGAGCUGUAAGUGCCACUCUGAUAACUUUUCUACCUCCUUUAGGAGCUGCCUGCCCACAGUGGGGUCCUCCUGUUGUUCCUCCUGCUCAAACAACCUGGCCUACACCACUACCAGCUGUUCUCCCAGCACCUGCCAGCUGAGAUCCUCUCUGAACAAUGGCUGCCAGGAGACCUGCAUUGAGCCUACCAGCUGCCAGAGGUCCUGUGUGGUGUCCAGCCCCAGCCAGAAGCCUUGUUACUACCCCAGGAGCUACACACCCUGCAGUCCCUGCCAGGGGACAUAUGCUGGCUCUCUAGGUGUUGGGUCCAGCAGCUGCUGUUCCCUGGAUUAUGGAUCUAGAAGAUGCUACAUUAUGGGUUGUGGAUCCAAUGGCUUUGAAUCUCUGAAUUAUGGAGUCUCUGGCUUCCCUUUACUGAGCUAUGGGUACAGAUUCUGCUACCCAACUGAUCCGGCUGCUAGUAUAUACCAACCAUAUUAUAAACCAACCUGUGGUAAUAUUUUCUAUGGAUUCAAUUGCUGA